UAUAACGAGCAAAUUGAAAUGUCCCUUCCGAAUUCCCUAUGUAACACGUGUAUUUUUGUUCGGCUAUAACGAACUCGUAUAUAACGAGGGCUUGGCUAUUACGAGCUUUGAUUUUGGUCCCGCGCAACAGUGAUCUCGGCUAUAACGAGUUAUCGUAGAACCAGUUUAUACGCACAUGACAUCAAAUGAACGCAAAAAAUUGUUAUGACUAGUAGAAAUAACAACAUAUCCGAUUUUGACGUCUUUGACUUAAUUCAGUACGACAUGGUAGACGAAAAUCUCGAAGUGGCUGAAUUCCCAAAUGAAAUUCAAAUCACACAAUUAGCGAUUAACCCAUCAAUAGAUGAAGAAAGUGAUGAAGAAGAGACGGGAAGCGAUGAGGUUACAGUUCCUUCGACACAUGAAGCCAUCUCUGCGUUAAAAACCAUAGUAUCAUACGUCGAAUUCAAAUAUCCGGAAAACGAGCAGUUCUUAAAUGCCGCUGAUCGUUUGCAAAGAAAUAUCAGUCAGGAGAUAUUAAGCAAAAGAGUGGUGCAGAAAAAUAUUACAGAAUUUACCUACAGUUAUACGUAUCUAUGUUAUGUAGAUAAAUAAUAUUAUAUGUUUGGAAAUAAAAAUACAAGUGCAAUGCAGCUAUAAUUAUGUGUCCAAUAAUUUUCAGCAUAGUUGGCGACGGCGACGUCUAUAACGAGCACUCGCGUAUAACGAGCAAAUUUUGCGUUCCCGUGAAUGCUCGCUAUAACCGAGUUU